UGAUAAGAGAGCCCGGGCGCGGUCAUCUUUGCCAUGUCUUAGGACUUGGAUCACUUUGGAACCAAGCUCUUCAAAUACAUUCUACAUCUACUGUAUCAGUAUGUUUUUUUCAAUGCAAGUAUGGAGCUUGUUGUAAUUAAGUAUAACGUUCCUCACAAUUUAUCGGGUGUGUUAUACCUACCGAGUUACCUUGCAUGUAGGUGACUGAAUGGAACGGAGACCAGUGAUAGGAUAGUACUUUGGAACAAGAAUCAAUUAUUCAUUCGUGAAUACGUCUUCUGUUCUGUGAGAAUCGGACCGUUUCUUUCGCACGUUUUUUCUAUUGAUUCUCAUUGUGUUGCUUCGUUCAUUCCAACAUGUGGUCGUUUCUUCGGGAUUCAGUUUCCAAAUCGAAUGGAUGUGUAACAGAAAUCUGUUGCGAUGAAGCGAAGUACAUUUGGACGAUUACUGAUUUCGAUUUUCACGAGGCCAAAGGCAAACCAAUAAGUUCACCUCCGUUUCCAUCUGUUAAGAAUAAUCAAAUUAAUUGGUACUUGGGACUUUAUCCUAACGGCGAAACCGAUGCAAAAGAUUCUGUCGGUCUGUAUAUCUAUCUGAAUAAAUUCAGCAAUUUUGAAAAAAGCAAAAAAAUAUUCGCGAAAAUUACGUUUUUUAUUUUAAAUAGCGAAAAUAAAGAAGAAGGCAAGCGAUAUCUCGAAGUUAAGGAAUUCUCACAUCCAGACCUGGAUCCCACUGGAUGGGGCUUGAAUGAUUUCAUUAAAAAAGAUGCGAAAUUCAAAAGCAAGUUGCAAUUGAACAACGGGACAUUGACGAUUAGCUGUGAAGUGAAGUUUUCUGACAUGAACAAUAUCUCUAGUAGUCCUCAUCAAUUUGACUUUGAUAUUAAAAUGCCCGAAUGUAACCUCUCUGAAAACUUGGCGUCAUUAAUUAAAAACCAAACGUUAACGGACGUUGUCCUUUCCGCGAAUGGUAAGGAGUAUCCUGCCCAUAAGGCUAUAUUAGCUGCUCGUAGUCCAGUUUUCUGCGCCAUGUUCACCCACAGUACAAAAGAAAGCGAGCUCAAUCGAGUAGAUAUUGAGGAUAUUAAUGAAGCAGUCGUGGAAGCAAUGUUGAAAUACAUUUACACCGGGAAAUGUGAUGAUUUAGAUGAAUUAGCCGAAGGAUUAUUGGCAGCAGCCGAUAAAUACGAUUUGGGUCGAUUGAAAAUUAUGUGUGCAAAGAAAUUAAUCAAGGGAUUGUCAGCCGAGAAUGCGACGAAUGUUCUUAUAUUGGCAGAUAUGCACCACCACGAAGAUCUGAAACGUGAAGCGGUCAACUUUAUUGUGGCAAACUUUGCUCAAGUCUUCGUCACCAUACCUUGGCAAAAUAUGCUUUUAUCAAAUCCUCAAUUGGCGAAUGAAGUUUGCCUAGCCAUGGCUCGAACAUGAAUCUCUGAUAGUGAAAUGCUUUGCAGUAUUAGGUAUCGCUUUUUUUGUUGUGUAUUUGUAAUUCUUCCCUGUUUAAGGUACCUACAUUUUUGUUUUCAUUGUCUUAUGACGAUUAUAUCUAAUUAGUAAUUACAUACUAUUUUAUACUAGAUAUUAUUUGAAUAAAUUGCUUU